AUGGCUGGAACGAAAUUGGUGCAAAAAUCCGAUGAGUGGGCUUGGAACUCUGAUGGGCCGAAGGCCUUUUCUGUGCAGCUUGUUAAACUUUGGCUGCGAAGUGAAGACUCGGUGGAUGACAUGCAAAACUUUGAAUGGUGCAAGUGGCUUCCUUUGAAGUGUAAUGUUUUUAUGUGGAGGGCGUGCUUGGAUAGAAUCCCUACCAAAGUGGCGCUAAGAAGAAGAAAUAUUGGAAACGGGGAGCGUUUGUGUGGCUUAUGUCAGGAGUUUGAAGAGAGUGUUGAUCAUUUAUUUGCGGCUUGUCGUAUCGCGGUUGAGGUGUGGAAUGGUAUCGCCCGGUGGGUGCACAUGCCGAAUAUUUAUUUAUUUUCUAUCAUGGACGUUUUGCAAGCGGUGGACCACUCAGGAUUAUCCAAGGGUAAAAAGGAGAUAGUAUAUGGUAUAUUUGUCUUAACUUGUUGGCGCAUAUGGAAGGCCCGGAACGAAAAGGUGUUUAACAACAUUAGUAGAAACAUGGCUGAGAUUGUUUCUGAUGUAAAAUCGUUGGGCUUUCUUUGGUUUAGUUGUAGAAGUAAGAAUAGUGUGGUGGAUUGGAAGGGUUGGAAGUUUUUUAAUUUUGAAGUGAUGUAA